CAGGAUUUGAUGACCUUACUCUAAAGCAGGUGUCCACCUCUAAUGUUGUUGUUGUUGUUAUGCCUGUGGAUUUACCAGAAGCUGAAAGGCAUUGUGGGAGAUUUUAGGUCUGCGGGAGAGUGAUCCAGGUGCAUGCUUACAUCUUCCCACACACACACCCAUGGGGGGAGAGAGAGAGAGAGAGCGGCUUUAGAGGGGAUUUGCUCCAAAUAGCCAGUUAUAGUAAAACAAAGACGGACACAAGACAACUGGUUGUUGUGCUGCACACAAGAGCAGUGCAGGCUGGGAAGGGAGCGUGCGUGGGGCUGGGGGAGGAAGGGGAGGGUUGAAGCGAGUAGGCCUUCUGGAAGCAUCGGCUGACGACUCCACAGACACACACACACACACUCGGCGAGGCAGUGGCUGUUGGCUCCGCACCAAGACGUGCGCCCGAGAAGGUUCCGGCCCGCUGGAGGCCGCCCGCAGCAGAAUGGGACACACCUACGUGCCCCUCACGCCCACGGACACGCGCCGCCACGUGGACAAGCGCAGGUCGAGCCGCACGCAGACCUCCACGCCAAACUGUGAGUGGGACAGGACGGUCGUUACUGAUAGACUGGGUGGGAUCUUUCAUUCAGCAUGUAUUUACCACAGAGCGGCUUAACUAACCAGAAACGAGGGUUCACCGUCUUCUAGAAGGUUUGGGAUGGGAGGAAAAUAACGUAACUUCACACACGUCGUCCCAGCUAAUGGAAAAUAAAGCCUCCAAACAGCCACACGGGGUGUUUAGACUCACCGUGGCUGAGUAAAGAGGUUGAAGGAAGGCGGGGCUACGAGGAUCUUCGUCGACCAAUCAGAAUGAUGCAGGUCUAAUCAGCCAGUUAACUGAAAACACCUGUGUGGGAGGUCGGAGCCAAACCUCUCCAAGGAUCACGUGAGUGUUUGAACUAAAGCGUUGGGAGGAGGAGGAGGUUUCGACCAAUCACAAGGGGUCACUUGCUGCAGCUUGAGUCAACUGAAAGAAAAUGGGGGGAAACUGCAGGUGUUAAAAGACCCCCUAUUAAGCUGCGUUUUUAUUUAGUAAAUUGUCUCUUUAAGACUUUUGGAUAGAUUGCCAGGUGCAGCUAUUCACACACACAUUCGCUUUUUAAUAUUUAUAUAUCUUAUAUUUAAUUUUCCCUGAUAUGAUUAAAUACCUGUGAAACUAAUGGGAUUCUCGCCCACCCCCCCUGCUGUACUUCUAAGUGAUACGACCAUACUAUAGAUAAAUAAAGCCAGGAUGACGCGUAGAAAUAAAGGGAUUCUUUGCUCCACUUAGUGAGUUAUUUGCAUGAGUCUUUACUCUCUUCUGAUGGAGUCUCCCAGCUGCUGCAUUUAUACUCCCAGUAUCUUGCAUCCCCCUUUUUUUAUGAUCGCACUUUCUCCUCUUGAGGAUUUCUCUCUGCUCUGCUUUCUUUCCCCCCCCCCUCAUCCACCCAUCUCCCCAACAGACAACCUGAACAAUGCAUUAGGCACCAUCAGAGUGCUCGGGUUGGAACUGAUGACAGACGAACUCAAACCACAUCUGGACACGGUGCUCAUCAACAUUGUGGAGAGGAAAAAGGGUGCUGCCGAGCAGGUGGUGAUCAGCGGCAUCCUGCCGGUCCUGGCCCUGUCUCUGAGGAGCCGGGGGCCUCUCACCGGGCUCACCGCAAAACUGGUGGCUGAACUCGCCAAGGAAUCUGUAGUUCGUAAAGGUUUCGGUGACGCGGGUUUGGUUCCGGCUCUGCUGUCCGUGCUGACCAGUCCGGACCAGGAGGUGAUCCUUCACGCCGCAAGAGCCAUCUCGCUGAUGUCUUAUGAAAGCUCCAAGCUGCAGGAGCUGCUGCUGCGUCGAGGUGCGGUGCCUCGUAUCGUCAACGCCCUGCUCCGCUUCCCUGGCCAGGAAGCCCUGGAGGAGGUGUGCCUGCAGGCCCUGUGUAACCUCAGCGGCAUGGGGGUGUCCGAGGAGGCCGGCCUGGUCUGGGAGAGGGCCGCCGCGUCCGUGAGGCCGGGGGAGUGGGUGUUUCACGGCGUGUCGCCGCACACCUGCGGGUUGGCCUCCUCCGUGACCCUGGUGCGCGUGUCCCAGUGGGCGCCGGGUCAGUGCGCGGUCGACGUGGAGGUCUUCCAGCGCCGCUCCUCCUCUUCCUGGGGCCUCGGCGGGGACAAGCGGCCGGCUCGCUGGUCCCCGUUCCUCGGCUUGGGAAGCUGCUCGAGUCUGUACAAGGUGUUGAGGUUCUCGAAGGGGAGCAGGCCAGGAUGCAGAAGUCUGAAGACUCGCGUGUUCCACACUUUCCUCUGACAGCUUCAGUUACUGAAGUCUCACCCAACUGGUGCAUCCAACUCUCUGAUGGGUCCACUGGGACCGCCCCCAUUCCUCGGCCAAUCACUGAUCCCCACCAGGGGAGCGUUUUACACACCAGACACCUGGACACAUUCCUCCAAAUGUCUCUUUUCUGCUUUGUUUGUUUGAGUUGUAUUUUAACUAGGGCCGGGACUUUAGCGCGUUAAUUACUAUUAAUUAAUAAUAAUGUGAAUUAAGAUUAAUUAAUUACACAAAAAAUAACACAUUAAACAUUUUUUACGCAUUUUUACACUUAUUUUUUGCACCGCGGAACGUUUGUCACUGGAUGAGUUUCGGAGGACCGAUUAUACUGGAGCACCAACUAGCGUUCAUGACUUCAGACAACAACAAACCACAGUGAACAUGAACGAAGAAGCUGACGAGACCGUGUCGGUUGGCCCCGUGAAUGGGAAAUCUUAUUAUAAUAAACACACGGAUGGAAGCGUCGAUAAGAGUACCACCUCAACUCAAAACAAUUAGCAGCUAGCGUGGACGUUAGCCCGACCCGAGUACAAGGACCCACACCCAACCCACACUGCACCAGAUGACUGGUUUAAGGACCAGGGUAACUAAGUCCACGUCUGAAAAAAUAACCAAUGUUCGGAAUGUACUUGAAAGUAUUGGUCUACUUAAAAAAACCUAGUUUACAGAAGGUCUACUUACCUUAUUUCUGAAAGUACUAUAUUUCUAAAUAUGCUAUUUCUACACUUGUCUGCUGGAAUUGGUUGAACAAAAAUAAAAAUCCAUGUGAAAAAAAUUACUUUUCACUGUUCUCAGGUCAAAUAUUUAUGCAAUUAAAAUGUGAUUAAUUUUGAUUAAUUAAUUACAAAGCCUCUAAUUAGAUUAAUAUUUUUAAUCGAAUCCCGGCCCUAAUAAUA